CUUACAAACACUGACAGCUAUGCUAACAGCGCUACGCUAAUAUACAACGCAAACGAGCUCACGUUUGUAUUUUUAAAUGCGUCAGUGUUUUACUGGUGAACCUAAGUACAAAUGUUUAAUGUGACAGAUGAUGCGUUUCGAGGCCAAGCGGAUGGGGGUGCAGUUCAGUCCCCCCUCAAUUGUUCUCAUUUAUAUCGACGAGAAAAGCAAGAAGUUGCGAAAAAGAUUAAUACCUGUGCGGAACUUCUCAAAGGAUUCAGAAUGCAGUAUGGCAGCUGAAAGGCUGAAGAGCCAUCCACGGCAUGGGGACUAUCUGGAGGCUGUGUCCCAGAGGCAGCUGGAGAGCCUACACAUUAUUCUGCGCGAUCACUUACAGGGCUUCAGCCUGCAGCACAGCCUCGCCUCGUUACGCCUGGAUCCUGAUGAAGACCUCAACAAGCUGGGCGACAAUGAUCUGGCUCGCAAGAAGGAACAAAUGGAUGUGCUCUUUGAGAAGAACCGGAAGCACAAAGAUGAUCCUGACUUCAUUUAUGACCUGGAAGUGGAUUUCAGUAAAAUCACUCAGGAAAAGUGCAGCUGGGAUGAAGAGUCUGAUGAUGGGUUUUAAAACAAACUGCUGGUCUCUCCUCACAGAUCCUCCAUGAGUGGACAUUUGACUUUAGUUAGCUCUGUUGCCUCACAGCAACAAGGUCUAUAGACGAAGUGGACCAUUGUUUUCAGGGAACUGUGGUACAUAUCUAAAUAUAGUGGAACCUUUGUUUUAGAACUUAAUUAGUUAUUAAAUAUCGUUAAACUGAGUUCUUAAACCAAAACCAAUUUUCCCAUAAGAAACAAUGUAACAUGGAUUAAUCCAUUCCUAGCCAUAAAAAGUUUUUUUUUAAAUCUUUAACAGCAUUUCAUGCAUAAAAGGCAGACAAAAUACAACCAAUAUGCGUAGUAUCUUAUACAAAAUACUGUACAGUAAUUA